AUGAGGAAGCAUGUAUUUCUUCGGAUUUUACAUGCACUUAGUGAGUGGUCCCCUUAUUUUUGCCAAAGGUUUGAUGCCUUUGGCAAGCCUGGUCAUUCGCCACACCAAAAAUGCACUGCAGCCAUGCGCCUGCUAGCGUAUGGCUGCCCUGCUGAUAGUCUAGAUGAAAAUCUGAGAAUUGUUGCAAGCACCGCCAUUGAAGUCUUGACCAAGUUCGCGAAAGGUGUGAGGAAGAAUUUCGGUGAAGAAUAUCUAAGAAGGCCCACUAAUGAAGACACUAGACACUUAUUUCAUGUUGCUGAGAAUCGAGGUUUCCCUGGCAUGUCAGGAAGUAUAGAUUGUAUGCAUUGGGAGUGGGAAAGGUGCCCAACUGCUUGGAAGGAACAAUUUACUCGUGGUGAUAUUGGAGCAUCCACCAUUAUGCUAGAAGUUGUUGCCUCGCUUGAUCUUUGGAUUUGGCAUGCGUAUUUUGGUGUGGUAGGGUCUAACAAUGACAUAAAUGUGUUAAAUCAGUCAACUUUGUUCACACAAUUACUACAAGGGAGAGCUCCUAAAGUAGAGUUUACAGUCAAUGAAAAUGUGUACAAGAAGGGUUACUAUCUAGCAGAGGGUAUUUAUCCAAAGUGGGCUACAUUAAUGAAAACAAUCCCCCUACCACAGUGUGAGAAAGAUAAGAGAUUUGCACAGCAUCAAGAAUCAGCAAGAAAAGAUGUGGAAAGAGCAUUUGGAGUAUUGCAGCGAAGAUUUGCCAUUAUACGUAACCCAGCACGAUUGUGGGAUAGAAGUGCACUAGCAGAUAUCAUGUAUGCAUGUGUGAUAUUGCACAACAUGAUAGUAGAGGAUGAGAGAGAUGACUAUCAAGUUCGGUAUGACUUGGAUUACGACGAGGGUAGCGACCCAGUCCCACUAACAGGAUACGGUCAUGGACCAAUUCAAGAAUUUGCUAGGGUACUUCAAACAGACACUGAAAUACGUGAUCGAACAAUGCAUCGUCGACUGAAAGAUGACUUGGUGGAGCACAUAUGGCAAAAGUUUGGAGCAAAUGAUGCCUAG